AUGAAGUUCUUUAUCCUCGCCGUUGUCUUUGCUAUUGUCGCCGCUGAUUCCUACAGCACCGCAAAAUACGCACCAAAGCACGUGGCUCCUAGAUAUGAAGCUCCUAAAUACGUUGCCGCUUCAUACGGCGAAGUCAACUAUAAGACGGAACCUUACGAGUUUGGGUACUCCGUGAAAGACGCUGAAUCCUACGCCGAUUUCGAUCACUCUGAGAAAAGCGAUGGCAAAGUCACGACUGGCACUUACCGCGUUCAACUGCCCGACGGUCGUGUUCAAAUCGUUGCCUACAAAGCCGAUAGUUAUGGCUACUCGGCUGAUGUUAAGUUCGUAGGCGAAGCCCAGUAUCCCGAAUACGUGCAAUCCAAAUACAACACGUACUCUUCACCAGCCUACAAGGCACCGGCUGCUCCCGUUUACUCUGCCCCAGCCUACAAGGCACCCGCUGCUCCCGGUUACUCUGCCCCAGCUUACAAGGCACCCGCUGCUCCCGUUUACUCUGCCCCAGCCUACAAGGCACCCGCUGCUCCCGUUUACUCUGCCCCAGCCUAUAAGGCACCCACUGCCCCCGUUUACUCUGCCCCAGCCUACAAGGCACCAGCUGCUCCCGUUUACUCUGCCCCAGCCUACAAGGCACCCACCGCUCCCGCUUACUCUGCCCCAGCCUACAAGGCGCCCGCUGCUCCCGUUUACUCUGCCCCAGCCUACAAGGCACCCGCUGCUCCCGUAUACUCUGCACCGGCAUAUAAAGCUCCCGCACCCGUUUACCCAGCUCCUCAGUACAAAGCUCCCGAACCCGUUUACCCAGCUCCCCAGUAUAAAUCUCCCGCACCCAUUUACCGAGCUCCUCAAUACAAAGCCUCUACUACUCCUGCUCCCGUUUACUCGACCUCAGUCUACAAGACUCCGGCCCCUGCCUAUCAUGCACCAUCCUAUGAAGCUCCGGAAUACAAAGCAACCACCACCACUGCUGCUCCAACCACCAAAGUUCCGGAAUACAAAGCAACCACCACCACUGCUACUCCAGUCUACGAAGCUCCGACCACCGCUGUUUCGGCCUACGAUGUCCCAGAAUACAUCGCUCCUACGUACACUGUCCCAGUCUAG